AUGUCGGUGUGUUUUCUGGUUUUGGCACAUACACUUGGAAUCAAAUGUUGUGUAAGAGAAGAGAGGGAAGCACUGCUCAAUAUCAAGGCUUAUUUUCAUGAAAACUAUGAUGACCCACUCGUGGACCAGCGUUUAUCUUCAUGGGUUACUGAUCCUAACAGUGAUUGCUGUACCUGGGAACGUGUCACGUGCCAUGCUUCUUCUGAUUUCUCAUUGUUCCAAAACUUCAAGGAGCUCACAAGCCUCAACUUCUCCAAAGGUCAAUUUCAAAGUUUGGAAAACACUGAUGUUUUGGCUAAUCUAAGCAACCUGGAAGUCCUUGUACUGAAAAGCAAUCACCUUGGUGGAUCUCUGCCAUUUCAAGAUAUAUGUAAACUGAAGAAGAUACGUGUGCUGGAUUUUAACGACAAUGCAUUCAAUGGUUCAUUGGAGAAAUGCUUGGCCAACUUGACAUCUCUUCAAGCUCUUGAUCUCUCGAUGAAUAUCCUAUCAGGGGAAAUACCAGCAUCAGUUAUAGCUAGUCUUACAUCCCUUGAGUAUUUUUCAUCUGUGAGUAACAAUUUUAAAGGCUUAUUCCCUUUGAGUUCCUUCAACAAUAAUACACGGCUUAAGGUACUUGCACUUCAAAUGUACACCAAUGAGUUUCAAGUGGAUACUGAGAGUGAAGCUCUCCCUUGGGUCCCCCCAUUUCAAUUAGAAGUUCUUCACUUGGCAAAUUGUAAAGUAAACGCACCCAGUGGAACAUUCCCUUCCUUUCUCUUUUACCAACAUGACUUGCACUAUCUUGAUCUCUCAAAUAAUGAUUUGGUUGGAGAGUUUCCAAAUUGGUUGAUUCUAAACAACACAAACCUCAGGUCUCUGAUUUUGCAUAAUAACAAGUUCACAGGGCCUUUGGAGCUCACAACCUACAUAGAUCAACCUCCUAUUCCCUUGGUUCAUUUGCAGCUCUUCGCCAACAAUAUGAAGGGAAAGCUUCCCGCAAAUAUUGGUCUGUUGUUUCCAAAUUUGGAGAUUCUAAAUAUGUCAAGAAAUGGAUUUAAUGGUGGUAUUCCUCCAUCAAUCACAAACAUGUCCAAGUUGAUUGCUUUGGACUUGAGCAGAAACGAAUUUUCUGGUGAAGUUCCUGAGUCUUUGUGGGCAGGCUGUGCUUCAUUGAGAUUCUUGAUUCUGUCACAUAAUAACCUACAGGGGAAAUUAUUCCCUUCUCACUUGAACUCUUCCUCUCUGACAUGGUUAUUCUUGGACAACAACUACUUCAAUGGUUCACUGGAAGGUGGAAUAUGGGACCUCCCAAUUCUUAAGGUGUUAGAUAUUUCUAACAAUGGUUUCUGGAGUAUGAUUCCUAGUUUCAUCACAAACACUUCAACCUUACGAGUGAUAAACCUAUCAAAAAAUAAUUUUAAUGGUACACUACCCAGAGAGUUUUGCAAACUUGACCUCUUGCAUUUGCACCUCUCUCAUAAUAAAUUCACUGGUCCAAUACCAACUUGCUAUUUGAAUAUGGGAGGGUUGGUCUCCCUGCAACUGCAAGGCAAUCUCUUUGUAGGUUCCAUUCCCACAUUAAUGAGUUCAGGUAGCUACUUAGUGGCACUUGAUUUGAGGGACAACAAUUUAUCUGGUGUUAUUCCAGAUUGGAUUGUCAGAAUGAAGUCAUUGAGAGCUCUUCUUUUGGGUGGUAAUCAGCUACAAGGCCAACUUCCUAACCAGUUGUGCCAGCUCCAGAAAAUGAGUUUUUUGGAUCUGUCACGUAAUAACUUCACUGGGGAUAUUCCUACUUGCUUUGAUAAAGUCUCAUUUGGAGCAUGGGAAAACAGAUUUACUGAGCGUGAUAUGACAUUAAUUUUUUCAGAUUCCCGAUACCAGUACGCUCCACUUCAACUUCAGCUAUUUUUUGAACAAAAUCAGUAUUUUAUGACAGCAGUGGCCGGUGGACUUGAAGUAGAUUUUAUGACAAAAAAUUUGCAGCUUCAAUACAAAGGGGACAUUUUGAGGUUUAUGUCAGGAAUAGACUUGUCAGGCAAUCAAUUAACAGGAAAAAUCCCUCAGGAGAUAGGAUAUUUGGCUUACCUUCAUGCAUUGAACUUAUCUCACAAUCAUUUAAAUGGAUCCAUUCCAAAAAGUUUCCAUAACCUUUCAGCCAUAGAGAGCAUAGACCUUUCAAACAACAACUUGAGCGGCCAAAUCCCUGUCCAGUUACAGGACUUGAACUUUCUAGGUGUCUUCAAUGUGUCCUACAACAAUUUGUCGGGUAGAGUGCCUAGUGGUUUAACCUUUGAUGACAGCAGCUUUAUAGGAAAUGAAUAUCUCAUUUGGAACAAUAGCAACAGAGGUCCCAACGCACACGUACCACCACCACCACCUCCACUCAGCAAUGACGCAAAGGAGGAUGAAUCUGUCAUAGAUUUUACUUCCUUUAUUUGGAGUUUCUCUGCAUGCUAUGUCGCAGUGUUAGUUAUUAUGGCAACAGUUCUCUGGAUCAACCCAUACUGGCGAAGGUUGUGGUUUUAUCAUAUUGACAGUUGUCUCUAUAGAUGUUUGUAUCCAUAUCUCAAAGAUGCAUUCUGGUAGAGUUUACAGGAGUGUUGAAUAAAUUGCACGAGAACCUUAGAUUUGUUGACUUGUGCUAGAAGCAAAGAUUUAUGUAAUUUCACUGUAAACCUGUAUUGUUCUAUUAUUAAUCCAUGUGAUGUAUGCUGAUGUUA